AUGAACUAUCCGUACCCAACGCCUACUCCUUACAUCCAAGCGGCGAUGUCUCAAGCCGUCCAAGCUAUUAUCAAUGGAACACCAUUACCUCCAAACUGUUUGGUAAUGGCCGUACCAUAUCAACAAGUGUCACCAAUGAUGCCUCAAAUCCGUAUGCCUCAUCAAGCUCUUCCAGCCAAAGACCAGUUGGUACUUACACAAAAAUCUCCCUACUAUGGUCCAUCACCAUAUCGUAAUCCUCCUCCUUCAACACGUGCUCCUUUACCUCCUCAACCAUUCAAUUACGCGAUCGUUCCUUACAUGAGCAAAAGCAAACCAAAAGGAAAGCAUCGUCAACCACUCCAUUCGAAUCUUUACAAUUCGUCAUCGUUCGAUUCCUACAUGCGUAAUUUAAGUUGGAGUCGUUUGUUCGAUCAUCGUCCUUCACAGAAGACUUCGAAACGAGCAAGUCAAGAUGAGGCAAUAACGAAUUCCGAGAAGAAAAGCAGCCCAACGAAAAAACAAGAAUCACAUUCAUCUCUGUCAUCAUCUUCGUCUUCAUCAUCAUCAACAUCCUCGACGACAAGUGACGAAACCAUUCGACGAGUUACAGUUACUAGUCGACCACCAUCAAACAUGAACACAAAACAGCAAACAAAAGGUAGUUUACCAUUUAAGUAUUCAUCUGAAUUCCUUCCAGGUAUAGGCAAACAACAAGUGAAACCCAACGAUGUCUUCAUUAUUAAUAAAGCUUAA